AUGUCAAAGGAAAAGGACGAAAGUGGGGCUGCGCCCAAGAUCCUGAAGCACGACGUCUACGACAUCCGCGAGGACGGGCACGAGCCGGGAAAAUUGACGAUUGUGGAGCGUCAGGAUGGCAAGAUUUACGAGUACGCGACGGAACGCGCCCGCUCCUCCGUCGAGUUCCUGGACCAUAAGCUCUACAUCGCGAUGGGCGCCAAGGACCAGCUCGCCAGCUCCGUCGGGGAUUCU